AUGAGAAGCCAGAAUAUCUCUCUCCUGAGGGGUUCUGUAAGGAAUUUCCAAUGGGUUUUGGAUGAGUGUCCAGUCGGCCAUCCCGACCGCGCCGCCGCUCUUACCAACCUCGCUUGGGCGCGCCUUGAACGCUGUAUCCGAAAAGAUCUUCGAGAUAUCGACUCUACUACCACUCUAUUCCGCGACGCCCUUGCAUUGCGUCCGCAAGGCCACCCAGACCGUCCCUUGUCUCUUUAUCAUCUCACUGAAGCGCUGAACUGGCGCUACAACAAUCAACACACCACCGCUGACAUCGGAGAAUCUGCCCGACUCUACAAUGAGCUCCUACCUCUCUGCCCCGAGGGCUCCUAUCUUCGUAGCAUCGCAACUGAGGGAAAUGGUGUUGAUAAUGUAAUCCGGGCAUGCAAUGAUCUUCCAAGGGUUGGAUCUGAUGAAGGCAUUGAACUUCGACGAGCCGUCCUCGAGCUCUGUCCUCUGGAUCAUCAACACCGUCCAAGAGCCCUUGAAGAGCUCUCAGAAGCCCUCAGCACACGCUUUGUACAACACGGCAGCAUCGACGAUCUAGAAGAGGGUAUACAACUUUAUCGUGAAGUUAUUUCUCUCCCUGGAAUUCCUCAUCAUGCAACCUACUUGAGUAACUUGGCGUCCGCACUCAGAGACCGCUUCCAUCACCAAGGGACAUCUCACGACCUCGACGAAGCCAUCUGUCUACACAAAGAAGCGCUGUGCCUGCACCCUGUUGGGGAUGUAUUUCGUGAUAGAUCAUUGGAUAAUCUAGGGGCAGCCCUCUGGAUCCGUUUCACGCAACGUGGUAACAUUAGGGACAUCGACGAAGCUAUCAAACUCUAUCGUGAGGCCCUGACAUUGUCCCAACCUCUGCAUGCAAUUCGUGACAUCACGCUUAAUAACCUUGCCGUCGCGCUCAAAACCAGAUAUGACAAAUUGGAUGCCAGGGAGGAUCUUAACGAGGCCAUCAAUUUGCACCGCGAAUCACUUCGGUUCAAGCAGCUUGACGAUCCAGGGCGCCACAAAACACUUUGCAAUUUGAGCGCGGCACUUUACUCUCGUUUCAUGGACACUCGGGAGAAUGAAGAUAUCGAGGAGGCCAUCGAUCUCUGCCAACAAUCAUUGACGGCUUUGCCCUCACUGCACCCAGGCAGAUGGUUCUGCUACAAAUGGCUGAUGAUGGCCUAUCUGGCUCGUUACCGGGUACAAGACUUGGACAACCCUGCCGAUUUGUUACUCGCAGUGGAGAACUUCAGACAGGCAUCAAGACACCCCACUCAAGGCUUUCCACGUCGUAUUGAAGUAGCCUUGUGGUGGGUUGAUGCUGCUGAGGAUGAUAAACGUGAAUCUGCCCUCGAAGCAUACCACACAUGCUUCGAGCUUCUCGAUAGUCAUCUGGUUACACGAUCAUCGACCACGUCACGGCGUGAAGCUGCGGCUGCCUUCAGUAAUGUCAGAACACUCCCUGUAGACGCUACAUCAUGCGCCUUACGCCAUCAUAACCUACAAGAGGCCGUUGAACUUGUGGAGAAGGGCCGUGGCCAGCAAUGGUCACUGGCCUCUCGCCUGAGGACUCCACUUGAAGACCUCGAGUCCGCAAAUCCCAACCUAGCUCACAAGUUUUUGGAGCUCAGCAAGUCUGCAGCUGAGCGGGCAGCGACAGAGUAUAGGCAACUUAUGAAGGAAUGGGACGCUGUGGUGGCUGAUAUUCGUGAUCUCAAAGGUUUCUCGCGAUUCCUACUCCCACCCUCAUACGAAGACUUGCAAGCAGCAGCGAGCCAUGGUCCAAUCAUCAUCCUCAAUGCCAGCAAGUACUCGUGCGACGCUCUCAUUGUUCCUACAUCAGGGCAGCCCCACCAUGUCCCCUUCCCUUCUCUCUCCGUCGCAGACCUCGAGAUGCUGAAGAAGGACUUUGCCAGGGAGAUAAAGCAUGCAAAUCUUAUGAGCCCAACAGAGCCGAGGAAGACUUUACGAGCACUCUUGCGGAAAGUAUGGGACAUGAUCAUGCUACCCAUUGUCAAUAUCCUUCAGCAUGACCUCAAAUUGCAGCGCCGGUCUCGAAUCUGGCUGUGUCCGACGGCAGCCUUCACGUCUAUCCCUCUCCAUGCAGCUAACUCCUUCAAGCGAAAGAAUCCAGACCGCCCUGGGAUGGAACCAUGCCUUGAGGAUCUCUACAUCUGCUCUUACACGCCAACACUGUCGGCAUUGAUCAGAUCUCGACAGACCAUGAAGACGCGUUCGGGAACGCCGUCCUUUGUGGCGAUCGGGCAGAGUCAACCUGGUGCUGGGCAAGGCACAGUGCUCGCCGAUGUCGAUAGCGAGCUCGAGCUCGUCCAUAAACUCCUCCCCCCCAACGCCGAGUUCACCUAUCUUUCUGGCGCCAAAGCUACUCGGGCAGGUGCACUCGAAGCUUUGCAACACAACACCUGGGUGCACCUCGCUUGUCAUGGCACGCAGGACCACGAGCAGCCUUAUAAUUCACGUUUCGCUAUGAAAGAUCAGCCCCUCACGCUACUUGACAUCAUGGAGAAUAAUGCUCCACAAGCUGAAUUCGCAUUUUUAUCGGCAUGUCAUACUGCCGUUGGUGAUGAGAAGACCCCCGACGAAGUUAUCCACCUUGCUGCUGGUCUACAAUUUUCCGGUUUCAAGAGUGUCAUUGGCACACUGUGGGUAGUUGAUGAUGCUGUUGUAAAACACAUUGUUAAAGUGUUCUAUGAGAAGAUGUUCACAGAUUCAAAGGAGGGGGACCAUAUCAUGGACUGUACGAAGGCAGCCUCCGCACUGAACCAUGCUACGCACGUCGUGCCAAAGAAGGAGGUGCCGCUCGAGCAGAGGAUUGUUUUUAUUCAUAUCGGUGUGUAG